CCGUCCUCCUCCUUCCCCAUUUCGUCUCUCUUGCAUACACCGCGUCUCAAACCCCACCCUCUCUCUCGCUCCUGAGUUUCUCUCUCUAGAGAUUUCUCAGGCUGCUCCUCUCUACCCCCGCCCUCUAUCUCCUAAGUUUCUCUCUCAUCGUCUGGCCGCCCAAUUUUGCAGCCCUCUCUCUCCGAUUAGCUUCCAAUUCUUUUCUCAGUUCUAGGUCAACACUUCAAUUCAACCCUUCGGUCUCCACCUUACCGAUUCAUUCGCUUCCGAUGGCGUAUAUUUCAUCUUAGGCUUUUUCUUAGCCUCUUCACCGUUACUCUCCGUUACCACUCUGUACCACAUCUUCCUCAAGCUAAUACAAUUUGCACUUAUGGCGUUGCGCUUCACCGUCGCUUACUCCGGCCACGCGGCCCGGACCCUGGCCGCCUCCGCCAGGGCCGGCGGCUGCCGCACGUGGCCACGCCCGAAGCCGGGUGCCACGUGCACCACCCUGGCCGGAGGGUUUUUCCUUGGCAGUGAUAGUAGUAAUCACUCGCCCCUUGCGAUCGGCUUGAAUUCGUUGGUGAAAUCAGGCCGACCACAAGCGAUGGCAUCCGCUUCGAUCGUGCCCUUUUUGCAAGCAUCGAAGUGGAUGUCUUGUAACGAUCCCGUACAGGGAUCUGCUAGUCACGAGGUGGAUAAAGGUGGGACAAAAGAAGAGAGAGAUUGCUUGGAGGGUAUGUCUAAGGGAUUGAGUCAAAGGGAAUUUGAUGAGAGGAGCAAUUGGGUGUCUAGGUUAUUCGGUUUUCAGUCCGAGGAAGCCAAAGCCGUCUUCACGGCGUUGACUGUUGGUGUGCUUUUCCGGUCGAGUUUGGGGGAGACGAGAUCGAUCCCGUCCUCCUCUAUGUACCCUACUCUGGACGUGGGUGACCGGAUUUUGGCUGAGAAGGUUUCAUAUAUCUUUAAGAAGCCUGAAGUUUCAGAUAUUGUGAUAUUUAAGGCACCUCCAUUUCUUCAGGAACUUGGCUUUGAUGUGUUUAUAAAAAGAAUUGUUGCAAAGGAAGGGGAUUAUGUUGAAGUACGUGAUGGUAAAUUGAUGGUGAAUGGUACUGUGCGAGAUGAGGAUUUCAUUCUAGAGCCACUUGCUUAUGAAAUGGACGAAGUACUUGUUCCUGAAGGGUACGUGUUUGUGAUGGGGGACAAUCGUAACAACAGUUUGGACUCCCACAACUGGGGUCCUCUUCCAAUCAAAGACAUAAUUGGUAGGUCGGUGCUCCGUUACUGGCCCCCCUCCAAAGUCUCCGACACUAUUUAAGGAGCACCUGCAAAGAAGGAUGCUUAGUGUCACGGAGCACCUGUGAAGAAGUCUGCAGCUGCAGUGUCGUACCAUCAUCUCCCUCUGCUUGCACAAUUGCAGAGGCGGGUCUCGGAUAACUGUUUUAUCCGCUUCUAUCAUGUUGCCAAUUAUUUCCCACUCAUUUGCUCUCGAUGUUGUGAUUGUUGCAUAAUUUUGUUGAUGGUGAUGGAUCAUCUCAUCCAUCGGUGUGCUCUUAAUGUAUCAAUGGCGUAACAGUGGCUCUGUUUGCUUUUGUUUCUGUAAUGGCUUUCUCGAACUCUUUUCUGCGAAAAAGAGUGGGGAAAAUAGUGGAAGAAAAAGAUAUUACUGGGCAAGAAUCUUUCAUCUAUAUUGAAUCCCAGCAGUUACUCUUGUUAUUCUCUUAUUCAGAAAUGUUCAAAUCUUGUUAUUCUCUUAUUCAAAA